UGCAUGGUGAGUUGAAGUUUUUAAUGAGAAGAGAACAGGUAACUUACACAGAGAUGUAGGGCACAGAGCAUGGGUAGACAUACUGGCAAAGAAGCAACGGAAGAAUCCAGUAAUGAACAUUGGCAAUUAGAGCAUAAAUAUAUCGGCCAUCUUCUAUGGUGUAGUAUUUUGUAGCAGCAGCUUAUCUAAAGCUGAGAUGAGGUGGCUAGAUAAACUCAUCAGAAAAUCCAGCUCUGUCCCAGGAUGCCACCUGGACCCAGUGCAGGUGGUGGGAGAUAGAAGGACUCUGGCAAAAAUAACAUCACUGUUGGACAAUGUCCCCCACCUCAACCAAGCUGUCGCAGAACUGCACAGCUCCUUCAGUGACAGACUGCUGCAUACUAGGUGCACAAAGAAGUGUUAUCACAGAUCCUUCCUCCCAGCAGUAGUUUUAGACUUUAUAAACUACUCCAAACAAACUCAAUAAAUGUCUACAUCCCCUCUGUUUUUGGCACAGUUUUGGUUUCCCAUUUCUUGCAAAGUCUGUUGGUUUUUUUAUGCACAAAUAAAGACACAUUUUGUACAUCUUUUAAAUCACCCUACUGAGUUGCACAUUUCUUUUCUUGAGUAUGCUAUUUUUAAGAACUGUGCAGUAUUCUUUUUCUUUUGUUGUAAAUUUGCCAUUUAUUAGUAUUUUUUACCAUUGUCUGAAUCUGCACGCUUCCAUAUGCCUUCCUCUUUGUUGCUGAUACGCCUGAAUGUCCCCACUGUGGGACAAUAAAGGAUAUUUCUAUUCUAAUCUAUUUUAUUGUAUGCUAUUCUAUUCUUGUUUUUAUCAUCUUACUCUGUAACUAAUAUUCUUCGGGUAAAAACCAAACAUCUUAAGUUGAAAUUCCCUCCAAAACAGGUUUAAACUGAAGAUAUUAUAGCUGUAAGUGGUGCACUUUAUUAUUCAUCAUAUUUUAGAGAAAAAAGUAAAUAGCUACAAAAAAAACCAAAAAAAAAAAACAACAUAUACCGUCGUAAACAAAAAUGUUCCAUAUACAUGUGCUUUGAAAGUGGAUAGAAUGGCUAUAACAAUCACUUCCUCAGCGCUGAUAUGAUGGGACUUUAGCUGACCAAUGAGAUGCAGGCUGUGCAGUCAUCCCAGCAGCAGCAUCAGAGUGAGUCUGUCUGUGAGUAGUAGCUUUAAGGGAGGAAAUCUGGACACCCUCUCUGAAUUGAAAGGGACCCUCUGCAGGCAGGCCGUGCUUUCUGUUCCUCUCAAUGUGCUUGUUAGCAAAUGGAAGCAGAGGUGUUGAACCCCCAGAGGAUGGCGGACGUCAGCGGCAACAAUAAAAUCGCCAACGCGGAGCUAGAGGUGCUGAAGCUUCAGGAACUGGUCCGAAAAUUGGAGAAACAGAACGAACAAUUGCGGAGCAGAGCGAACGCUGUAAACAAUUGCUCCGUCGGCCCUCAUCUCCAGACCCCGUUGUCGCAUGCGGCCACGGCGUGUCUGGGUGACAGUUUCUCCUGUAAAUAUGACGUGUCGAGUCCGACGCGGACUCACCCGGGUUUCUCCUCGCCACGGGGACCAGCGGAGGAGCCGUUCGCUUAUUUUCAGCCGAGCUCCAUGUCCCCUGAUGCCGCUGUGGAGGACAGCGGCGCCGCUGGUGCAACAACCGUGCUGGAUGAGGUUGAUGUUUUGGACCUGAACACCGUGCUCCCCAUUGGAGAGCCCGAUAGCUGGCUGUAUGUGAAUCCCAGAGCGAAGCCACCUAGCGAAAGCAUGCUCAGCCCUCUCCAGUGGUGCAGGCAGGUCCUGGACCACCCAGGGCCAGAGGUGGAGCUGGCUAAGAUGACGCUUUGUCACAGACUGGAUCAAGCGAAGCGAUGGCGAGUGUCCUCCGUCCGUCCAUACAGCUGCAUAGAGGGACUCUCCACCCUCGGCUGUCCUGUCCUGCCUUACACUAAACCUGCUGCACUAACUGAGACCCCAGCCCCGCUGCCAUCAUCAGGCCAGCAUGUUGUCCAGCCAGCUCCCCAUCCUAGGGCCAGCUGCAGCCUCAACGACAGAGCGCCCACCUUCCUAUCAAACUCAGCUGUCUACAAUGUCGGUCGCCGCCAUGCAGCCAUAACGCCCCAAUCUUCGCUGGACAGCGACAUAGGUGUCUCAGAGCUGGAGGAGGACUCCAUCUCUAUGAGCUACAAACUGCAGGACAUAACAGACGUGGAGGUCAUGGCACGACUCCAAGAAGAGAGCCUCCGACAGGACUACGCCUCUACCUCAGCCACGGCUGGCCGUCGCAGCUCCAGUUUCUCCUUGCACUCCCUCAGGCGCUGUGAGGUGGACCUGGAGGAGGAGGAUGAGGAGGACGAGGGCUACGACCAGCUGCCGCCUCCCCAGCCUCGACUCUUUCACACAGGCUCUAUGCAGCGGGGCAGCAUGCCCCAUUCUCACACCUUCUCCAGCUUUAGAGACAGCAGGCGCAGCUCGGCCAGCCCUCAGUUUUCACUCAGUGGACUGUGUCAGCUGUCUGGAUCCUCCAGCCUGAUCACAGACACACACACAGCCUACAGGAGCAACGCAGACAAGCUGCGGAAAAGCAUGCCAAACCUGAUCCGAGCUCCCAGCAUGUCCAGUGUUCCCAGUAUUCCAUGCCUGGCCUCCCCUGUCAACCCACCCUCCAAUGGCCCCUCCUCUUUACCAUCAAUGCCCUCCCUCCGGAGCAGCCAGAGCUUUGACUCGUCCAGCGGGCUCCUGCGUCUUCAGUCUUCCAUCCCUUCUCCAGGCCAGCUCAGUCAGCGAGUCCAGAGCGUUGGAAACUUCUCCAGCACUCCACGACAGCAGCUGAAAGCCACUGCCUACGUCAGUCCAACCGUGCAGCAGGGUCCCACGUCCACCUCACUGUCCACCUCCGCCAGUUUGAUCUCCAUCCUAAGCAGCGGUUCACUGCCUCAGACACUAAAAGCCAGCGGAAGUUUGCUGCCACACGCCCUAAAAGCCAGCACCAACCAGUCUGCUACCCCACGCAGCUCCCUUCCUCGCCCAGCUUCCUUGGUGGGAGCGAGCGGACUUCCACGUGCGAGUAAAAUCAUGCAGCCUACACGCAGUUUGCUCACUCCUCCAAAGAGCCUAGCUGCUUUGAGUGCCCUGAGGGACGGCAGCUGGAAAGACGGCUGCUACUGACCCCAAACGGACUGACCUGAAGGGAGGUUUGAGGGCUGCACAGGGUUACUUUGCAAGGGACCCCAAUGAUUUAACAUGAUGCUGCCAAGAGGUCCCAGAGAAAGUGACUGUUAACAUGAACACAAAGACAUUCUCUUUAAGAAAAGACUGAGAAAAAGUGUGGAUUCAGCAGGCUGGAUCGAUACUACCUGCUUAAACACUGAUAACACAAUGAUAACAACAGGCAAUACUAUCAUAAUAAGAUGCUAAAUGUGAAAAAAGAAAGCCUCUUUAAUAUUUUCUUUUUUAAGUUUUCAUUGUUGAUGGAUACAACUUUCACUCAUUAGAAGGAAGAUUUAUCUGAAGCCUAAAGAUUUCAUACACGCUUUGAUUGAUUUUCUGUGGUUAAUUUUAGCGAAUAUUAUUAAUUUAUCAAUUUAUUUAUUUAUUGUGGCAUGAUAUAUAAGAAGAACUUGACACUGGAAUGACGUUACUGGCCAUUAAAACGUUGUGUGUUUCUUUAUAAUUCUGUUUCAUGGCUGGACCUUGCAGCACUUUAGAUGACAGUUAUGAUACACCUGUAAAAGUAAAUCAUCUGCUUUCUUUUUUUUUUUAUUAAACAUGAUAUCCAUUCGUGCCAGUGCACACAUUUCAUAGAACGGCUAGUUUCACUCAUUCUGUUAUCACAUGAAGUCUUUAAAGUUGUUUGAUAAACCUAAUCGCUGCAGUAAUAUUGCACAUGCUUUUUAUGGAUCACAAAAAAAGAGGGGCUUGAUUUUUUAAAUGAAUAAAUCAUUUCAAAGCA